GUCUCCUUGAGCAUGUCUGACUGUAAAAAUGUUUAGACGUUACGUAGUCGCGUGUUUUUCGUGAAUUUCUUUUUAAUAAAUUUUAUUUUAUUUUCAUUUCUACAUUUUUUGUUUUGUUUUAAACAUUAAAUGAUAUUUAAAUAUUUCUCCAAACGUCUUGUUAAAUGUAUUAGUGGAAUAAAUUUAAUUCUUAAAAAAAGAGAGUAAAAAAAUAAAAAAAAAAUCUUAAAGAUAACACUUUGUUUGACCGUGAAUUGUAAAUGUUGUUUUUUUUAACAAUUUGAGAGUGUAAUAGUGGAAAGAAAAAUUAUAUAUUAAUAAACAAAAACAACAACAACUUUUAAUAAUAAAAAUAUAAAUUAUAAUAAACAUAAUAAAAUAAACAACAAAAAAUUAUGAGAUGAAAUCUGUAUCGUCUGUUAAAUUUUACGAAUAUUUCAAAUGACGCAGUUUCCGUUUUAAUGAAAAUUAUAAAGAAUUUAAGAAAAUUAUUAAAUGUAACUAAUCAAUGAUAAUUAACUAAAAAGAUUGAUAUUAAAAAAAAGUAAAAAAUAAUUAAUAUUAUUUUUUUUAAUUAUAUGAAGAAGAAAUUUAAAAAAAUACCCUUUAAUUCAUUGUGAAAACAAACCCCUUUUUCUGUUGAAAAAAUAAAAUUGUGUAUGUGUCUGUUAAAACGACUUUAAAUAGACAAUAAUAAUAAAGCGAACUCUUCCUACUCUAAUCUACAUAAAAGAACUAAUUUGGAUAAUUUCUUUUACCACAACUAAAACACCAAAAAAUUAUACUAUUUUUUAUAAAUCUUUACCAAAUUUACCCUGGUAUAUUUGUUUUUUUGCCUACUGGAUUAUUAAAAUUAUACUGCUACUAUUGGUUAAAUUAAAACCAAACCACAACACGAACUAGAAAAAAAUUUAUGAAAAAUGUUUUUUAAAGAUUUCUGAAUUUUUAAGAAACUACAUAAAGAAAAGUGUUUAAAACACUCAAUAAUAGAAAACAUAAAAUUAAUCAAAGACUGAACAAAAAAGAAACAAACAAAACAAUAAAAACAUUCAAUGAAUAAAAAAAAUCUAUAAAAAUAAAAACACAAAUCCUAAAAAUACCACUAAAAAGUGCAUAGCAACAAAAUAAUUAAAAAAAAGUCUUCCCGCGUUCAAAACCAACAAAAUAAACCUAAAGAGAUAAAAACAAAACUUUGCAUUGGUCUUCAAAAGUAUGGAAAAAACAUAUUGAUAUAUAAUAUUAAAAAUAAUACUAAAAAUAAACAACAAAAAACUGAAAAUAAAACCAAUACACCAGCAACAUUGUUGCCCAACAUUGACUAGCAACAAUACAAUCAGAAACAAAAUGUUUUGGAAAUAGUCAAACAAACAAAAAUCUAUAACUUCAUAAACAAUAAUUUAAAUAAAAAUAUUCAACUAAAAGAUUGUUGAGCUAAAAACUAAAUGUUCUUAAUAAUCUUAGCAUUUUUAAUGAAAUUCGCUGACAUUUCCAAAAUGCAGAGUAAACGCUGUAUUAACAACAAUAAUAAUACUAAUAACCAGAAUAACAACAACAACAACAACCAUACUAGCAUCAUGUCACAAAAACGAUGGCAGCAACAAAAUGCUAAUAAAACAAAUUCAAAUUCUAGCAGCACUAGUUCAGGCUGUGAUAGUUCAGCUUCCUCAUCAUCUAAAGAAAACUAUCAACAGCAACAACAACAACAGCAUCAGCAACAUCAUUCUUUAACACCUCAACAAGUGCAGCAAUUGCGUCACUAUCAACAAUUACAACAGCAACAGUUACAAUUGUUGCAUCAACAAUUGUUGCAAAGAAAACGUUUGCAACAACAGCUACGUGAACAGGGAGUAGAAAUUAAAAGACCUCCCACCAGCUCAACAGCAGCUACUUUAACGUGUAAUCAACAAUAUUUGAAACAAUUAAGAUUACAGCAACAACAACAGCAGCAGCAACAUCAUUUGUAUAAUAUGAGAUUGCCUCAGCAACAUCAACAGCCGCAACAUGUUGAUAAUUUUAUGUUUCAUAAUAAAAAUCGUAAUCUAAAUGAUAUUUUAAAUAAUAACAAUAACAAUAAUCUGCCUCCCGAAUUACAACAUCUAAGUAAUGGUGGUGGUCGUAUGUUAUUUAAAGGACAAAAAUCCUGUCGUGGCAUGACAGAAUUCUCUACAAACAACGACAUCAACAAUAAAACUCAUUUAUCAUCUCAACCGCUUCAAAAUUCACCACGCCAUCAUUUCACACCAUAUCCUACUUCUAAUCCAUCAUCAUCAUCAAAUAUCACAACAACACAACAUCUUACAUCCUUAACCAAUAAUUAUCCCAUUCAUAACACAAAUACACAAUCAUCUAAUGCACAAUUUAAUAAGCAACAAUUUACACAAACACUAAAACAACAACUUAUUAACAAUAACAAGAAUAACCAACAAACACUUCCUUAUAAUAAUUCUUCUGCAAAUGCUGCACGCACUCCAUCGUCGAAUGGAUCGUCAGUAACACAUUCCCCUACGCAUCAUCACUAUCGUAAGCCCUUUAAUUCGCCAAAUAAUUCACCAUUCGCAUACUGUGGCGGCGGUGGGAAUCAGCAACACCAACAACAGCAGCUGUUGCAACAACAGAGGCGCAAUAGCGGUAAAUUACCGUUUUUAACACACACUCAGUAUCAGCAACAUUUGAAUGAUUUGCUCUCACAACAGCAGCUAUUGCAACAACAGCAACAACAACUGUUGCAAAGCAAAGACGCCUCUGAUGAGAGUGAACUGAGCGAAGAGAGUUUAAAACAAAAUGUGGCCAUUGUUCUGAAUAAUUUGGAUCGUUACAAUAACGCUCUGCGCAGUAUUAUUUUGAAUGAACAGGUCAAUACCAACAGUAGUGUGUUUUACGACGAAAGUGAUUUGAAUUUCUUUACUGGUGGCAACAACAAUAGUGUUAAUUUGCAACAUCAACAUCAACUAUCCACAAUGGCUACAGCUAUAACGCCAGAAUCCGAUUACAACAGCAAUGCAACAACGCCUGGAUCACGCAGCAACAUGUUGCCUUAUGAGUCCAGCGGCAAUAUGUUGCCACAUAAUCAACAACAGCCACAUCAACAUUUGGUAGGUUUUUCAAACACAACUACGGGUGGUGGUGGUGUUAAUAGUGGUGGUGGUGUAUUGAAUAAUGCUUGUGGUGUUGGUUAUAUGGGCAACAAUUUAAAUUGUUCUCUCGCUUCAUCUCACGAUUUUACUCAUGACAAUUCUGAUUAUCAGUGGUUUUUGGACUAUGGUUAUCGAGAUGGUUGCGGCGGUAUGCAACGCAGUGUUUUAUCCUCACUUUCGGCUUCCUACAAUGGAUUGGGCGAUUUGAUCUAUGAGGAUUUAGCUAAAAAUCUCGAUGCCAAUUUGGCCGAAGUCGAUAUGGAAAGUUUUCGGGCCGAAGAUAUACACUCAUUACUCUCACAAUUACCCUCGUAUUGUAAAAGCCUGGGAGGUAAUCGUUUGCAACAGUCAUUAAUGUUGCAACAACAACACAUGCUACCCUCUAACAAUUGUCAACAUCAGAUGGCUCACAACAUGUCUCAAACAUCAACAACAUCAACAAAUGAUCUAAUAGAUAAUUCCUUCUGUAAAUCGGAAUUGCUCUUUUCACCCGUUAAAGAAUCACAUAUUUCAGUGGAUUCCUUAGAUAUGGAUGCUUACCCAGAUGAGGGUGAUAUAAUAUUGACAUGUAAAGCCAAUAAGGAUAAUUAUACAAUUGCAUUUGAGGGUAGUGUUUUAUAUUCAGAUGAAAGUUUUUAUGAACCCAAUGAGAUUGCCAUGAAGAAUAAGCAGAAUUUCAUAAAUCUACACAGCAAUUUGGAUGAUAUUGUUAAACGCAAAUCCUUAGAAGUUUCAAUGUCACGUUCCGAACAACCUCAGCAAUGCAGUUUGCGUAAUAAAUUGCAAAAGAGUCAUACCACACAACUUCAAAGUUUAUAUGCUUUAAUUUCUUCUCCUGCGCGUAGAUAUCCAUCGGGUAAUAACAACAAUACUCCAGAAACUAUCACAAUUAUACGUCCACCCAUUCAUCUGAGCACAGGUUGUGUACGUAAAUGUAGUAGUUUGCCAAAUUUGCGAGACGAAACACUAGAGCAAAUUAACUUAAGUCAAACUCAGCAACAAACGCCACAAAAACAGCAGCAGCAGCAACAGAAGCAUAAUCAGCAACCGUUGAAUGUAUCAACAGCGAUAACCACGUCACAUAUAGAACAAAAUUUGCAACAAACUAAAUCGCGCAAUUUAUUACCCAUGUGCCAGAUACCAAUAUCAUGUAAUUCCACAGCGGCUUCGAUUGAGGAAAGAUUGAAUGUUUUUAGCCUACAACAACAGCAGCAGCAACAGCAGCAAUGUCACACCCGACAGCCAAAGCAUAGAUGUUGUUGUGGUAGUGGUGUUAGCGGUGGUGUUGGAGCAAUUGGUAGCAACUUAAGUAACCAUUCGAAUGCCUCAAUGGGCAGUAAUAAUGGUUCAGCUACAAUCACUUCUCAUCAUUCAAAUAAGGGUCAUCAUAUUACGGGCUCCACUUCAUCGGGUUCUUCGAAUCCACCAGCUUUUAAUCUAGUCAAAUUGUUUAUCAAACAGAAGAGCACAAAUUGUUCUCUCGAAGAUCAGCCGAGUGCUCAUACUUGUAUGGAUAUUUCCUCGGGUUGCUGGCCUUCAAGUGAUGCCAACAACUCAAGUUCGAGUUCGUCGUUGGAGCAACGCUUGAGGAAGAAGAGUAUGAAUGAUUCGGGCAAAGGUUCAGCUUUAAGUAGACAUGACGAAGAAGCUGAUACUACAACAUCCACAUUCCAAAUGGAUGCUUCGGCUUCUACACCCAAAAAGCAACACCCAGGACGUUCUUCGGUGUUCUACGAGGAAGAUCCCAGUUCAAGUUCGACGGGUUCAUUGACCGCCACUAAUUCUCCAGCCCAUAGACGUAGAAGUAUGCCUUUACGUAAUCCCGCAUUAAAUCAAUUGGCUCUGCAGCUAAAUGGCAAUAACAAUUCAUCAGCUAGUCUCUUAUCCUCGGAUAAUACCUCUGAACAAUUGACCCAGGUGCAGCUAUCUGGCGGACAGGAGUCCUCUUCCUCCUCGGCCAAGGCGGCAGAACGUAAUAAGCAAAGAAGAUCUCGUGAUGCGUCCCGACCCAUUUCAAAUGCUUCAUCUUCCGAGAUGAUUACCAGAUCUAUGCAAACAUCCUGUGGUUCCUUAAGUACCCGUAGCAGUUUAAGUGAUCGAUUCCGUUUUGUGCCACCCUCAUUUCUGGAAAAACUCAACAAUUUGGGCGAAGAAAAUCAAGCACCCAUCUACGUCAUCUAUCCCAACUAUGCGUUACCCGAUUUGGGCUUUGUAAAGACCUCAGCUACGCCAGAUGUUAUCUUCUCUCCAUUCAACUAUAAAAUGAAUAUGGGUGGUAACGCCUCGACAGCUUCAUCAUGUGCAUCUAUCAAGAAACGUUUCAGUCUAAUGUCGGGCAGCGAUGAAGACGAAAUUCUAAAGACUAUGGAUUACAAACAUGUGGUAGAUUGGCAUUCAUUGGCGACUUUAUUGCCUGGUGACUAUAGACGUAGAUUAAAACACAUUCCAGAAGUAAAUGGCAUUCUCAGUCAUUUAGAAAGAGAACUGGCACAAAAACCUCUCUUCUGUUUAACGCCUCCAGUGAGACGUAAUCGCUCACAUAUUUGCGACUGCAAUCAAUAUUUCCAACGCGGUGAGCAACAGACAGAAGCCGCAGGUGGAUCUUCAAGUUCAGGAUCUAGUCAACAACCUUCGUCUGGUUACAGAGGCUCUUCUACGUUGCUUACCGAUUCGGAAUUUGAAAAUGCCAAUAAUAACGCCACUGGAGGCGGUGAUAAUCUUAAACAGAUGUAUGUUUAUCAAUACGAACAACAGCGCAUGGAUUCGGGUGUAGAAAUGAGUCCCAAAGUGCAGUCUACACCCAUACCCAUGCCAAGGGGUAUAUUGCGCAAGAGUUCUUCGGCUGUGAGAAGCAAACGCAACUCGAUGAUUGAGCAAGAUGCUAAAUUAACAAAAUUAGAAAAACGGCGAUCACUCCAAGAGCCACCAUACAAUUAUCACAUUGGCUCGGCCGAAGAAUUGGCUGAGGUAUUCGAAGAGGAACCCUCAGGUGCCGAAAUAUACGCAACGCCACAACCACGUACAGAGAGAUUAUCACGUAAGGAUUUGGAUGCCAGGGCUAGGGCCGAAAACUUCUUGUCUUCUUUGCCACGCAAUGAAUUGAAAUAUUACGCCGAAAUAGCUUCAAUAUUAGAGUCUUCCGAACAACAAGUUCAGUAUGAUGCGGCUGCAUUGAAGAAGGAAGUUUCACGAGCAUUGAGCCAACAGAAAAAGGUGUCGUUUAAUGACAAAGAAGAGGCCGACAGCACACAAAACAAUUUGGUCCACUUGCCUACAGAAACUCGGCAAAGGUUUUCAACACCACCAAAUUCACCAAAUAUUUCAAUGGCUACCAACGCCACAGCUGCUACCACUACUAAUAAUACAACAUUACGGCAAACAGCUACUGCUGCCGGAGCAAUUGCACCUCCUGUUGCUACCAGGCGUUGUUCGAAGCGUGAUGAAUUGGAAAAACAAAAAUUGGAAAGUAAUCGCUUUAAACGUUUACAAAUUCAAUGGGAAUUAAUGAGCAAAGAUUCGAGUAUGCUUAAGGAACUGGCACAAGCGGAACAAACAAAGAGUGGUGGUUCUACUCCUACCUCAGCACUAGCUGCUGCUAAUGCUGCUGCUGCCGCUGCGGCUCAAAAGUCACGCAUACCUCGUCCAGUUAGCUAUCCCGCUGGAAAAAGAACUGAUAAAAGUAAAAUUCCAAGAACAUCUACAACACCGAUUGAAUCCCCUCAUAAAAUUAAUAACAUUGCAAAUAAUACAAAAAUACCUAAACCACCUUCAUGUGCUAUCUCUCCACAACUUGCUAGAAUAACAAAUCAAGCAGAUCCCUCAAAAACAACAAGAUCACCAAGUCGUAUACAGCCACCGAAACGUUAUAGUAUGACAGCAGCUGCUGCAGCAACACCGUCACCAAUAACAACACCAACAUCAUCGGCAGGUACUACAACAAGAGCUCGUACACCUAAUAGUAGGGUGGCAGUAACUGCACCAAAUACUCCAAAGAAACGAGUCCAAUCACCCAGAACAAUUCCCAGAGUGCGAUAAAUUUGAAAGAUUGUUAAAGCAGUAAAUGAAAAAAAAAAAGUAAACACAUUCCCCUCCUGUGUUUUCUUUUUUUUUUUAACAUGGAUUCCUCUUCAUCAUGCACUAGAGUUUAUAUAUUAGUUAAGCAAUUCUAUAUAUAAUUACUCACAAAAAGGAUUAAAAACAAACAUGCUUAUAGAAUUAAAUUUAUAAGUAUUAACAGAAACAAAUUGUAAACUAUUUAUAAAUUAUUUAUAGGCUGCAAAGAAGACAUUCAAACAGAGAACUCCUCCUCUUCCCCCCCCCCCAAUCAGAAAUAUUUUGCUAUUUGUAAAUUAGUUUAAAAAUCCUGCCCUUAAACACACAAGAUUAGCCUCAAGCAAAAUAUUCCUAAACUUUGUGUACCCUAGUACGUACCCCCCAGACCAGUUGAUUAUGUUUUUUUCAACAUCUUAAGUUCUCUCCAGUGAUAUUAUAGAAAAAAUCAGAAGUUUAAUUUAGUUGAAUUUUAUUCAUUAUGAUUAUAAUGAUUUUGAACUAGGGCUCAGAGAAAAAACAAAAAAGAAUAACAAAAACAAGACUUCUUCUGAUUUAUUAACAAACAGAAAAAAAGAAAAGAUUAUUUUUUUUUAUUUUUCUAUAAAAUAAAAAAAUAACUUAUAAAUUUAUAUUUUAAGUAAGGAAAAAAAGGUGAAAAGUAAAAGCUUUGUAAAUGUUUUUUGUUGCAAUAUAAAAUAGUAUACAUAUAUUUAAAGAAAAAAAAAAAAAAAUUAAAAAAAUAAUACAUUAUUAAAAUGGUAUCAUAUUUGUAAAGUAAUAAUCUAUAUA